UGUUACUGAAUUUUCUUUGGGAGCAGUGCGUCAGUUCCGCCUCUUCGGACGCUUCCAAACUUCCUGGAUCUGUGCUUGGAACCAGCAGCGAGUGGGCGAUUUAGGGGGAAAGAAGCCUGGACAGAGUACGCAGCCUAACUUCUCAAAAAGAGCUGCGCAGAGACCCAAGGAAUGACUCCUUGACUACUACAGCAAGGUUCCACAUAAGCUCUAUGCCCAGUGUGGGGCCUUGAACUCAUGACCCCAAUAUCAAGAGUCACAUGGUCUACUGAUGGAGCCCGGUGCCCCUGGUUUCGAUGCUUUUAUUUUUACUUAUUAUUUAUUAUCAUUAUUUUUUUAGACUUUAUUUCUUUGUUUAGAGAGAGGGAGAAUAGAAAUGGGGGAAGGGGCAGAGGGAUAGGGAGAGAGAGAAUCUCAAGCAGACUCCAUGUUCAGUAUGGAGUCCGACAAGGGGCUCACCCUGAGAUCAAGACCUGAGCUGAAAUCAAGAGUCAGAUGCCCAACUGACUGAACCACCCAGGUGCCAGUUCUUGAUGCUUUUAUAAUUUUAUUUUAUUUUUAAAAAUAUUUUUCAUUUAUUUCUUCAUGAGAGAUGCAGGGAGAGAGAGGCAGAGACACAGGCAGAGGGAGAAGCAGGCUCCAUGCAGGGAGCCCGAUGUGGGACUCGAUCCUGGAACUCUGGGAUCACUCCCUGAGCCGAAGGCAGAUGCUCAACUGAUGAGCCACCCAGGCAUCCCUCCUGAUGCUUUUAAAGAGUGUAGAGGGAAGCUUUUUGGGAGAAAGUUCUUCAUUUGGGAUUUAUCUGAUGUAUCCAUGUUUAGGUUUUGCUAUGCGUUGUAGGGAGUGAUUCCACAGAAGCACUGAGGCAUCCUUGCCAUUGCAACAUAACAAGAGCCAAGGCACCCCACCAGGUGCAGUUCUGCUUUGUGGGAUCUGUGCAACUCAGGACUUGGCCUACCUACCCCCAGAAGGAGGAGGACACAUGACUAUGUUCAAGGAGACAGUGACGUUCAAGGAUGUGGCAGUGGUCUUCACGGAGGAGGAGCUGGGGCUGCUGGACCCCGCCCAGAGGAAACUGUAUGGAGACGUGAUGCUGGAGAACUUCAGGAACCUGAUUUCUGUGGGAGGAAAGAUCCAAAGUAAGAUGAAGACUGUUUUAGAAGCAGAGCCACCUGAAGAGCAUUCUUGCUGGAGGAUCUGGCAACAGAUUGCAAGUGACUUAAGUAGGUGUCAAGGCUCCAUGAUAAAGAGUUCUCAGCUCCCCAAACAAGGUGAUUUACCUGGACAUGUUGGGGCAGGGCAGUCUACAACUCACACAGGCCAGAAACCUGAUCAGUGCAGUGAAUUUAAAAAAUAUUUCAGUGAUGUCUCCAACUUUGAUCUUCAUCAACAAAUCCACUCAGGAGUAAAGUCUCAUACAUGUCGUGAGUGUGGAAAAAGCUUCUGUUACAGCUCAGCACUUCAUAUUCAUCAGAGAGUUCAUUUGGGAGAGAAACGCUAUAAGUGUGAUGAGUGUGGUAAGGAAUUCAGUCAGAGCUCAUGUCUGCAAACCCAUCAGAAAGUCCACACUGUAGAGAAGCCAUUCAAAUGUGAGAAGUGUGGGAAUGGCUUCUGUCGCAGAUCAGCACUUAAUGUUCAUUAUAAAUUGCACAUGGAAGAGAAACCUUAUAAUUGUGACCAAUGUGGAAGGGCAUUCAUUCAUGCUUCACAUCUUCAGGAGCAUCAGAGAAUCCACACUGGGGAGAAACCCUUCAAAUGUGAUAAAUGUGGUAAGAAUUUCCGACGUAGGUCAUCACUUAAUAGUCACUGUAUGGUCCACACGGGAGAAAAACUGUACAAAUGUGAAGAGUGCGGGAAAUGUUUCUUUUGUAGCUCAAAUCUUCAUAUCCAUCAGAAGGGCCACACACGAGAGAAACCUUAUAAAUGUGAGGAGUGUGGGAAGGGCUUCAUUCAACCUUCACAUUUUCGGGCCCAUCAGAGAAUCCAUACUGGAGAGAAGCCAUAUGUAUGCAAAGUGUGUGGUAAAGGCUUUACUAUGAGUUCAAAUCUUCAGGCCCAUCAGAGAGUCCACACAGGAGAGAAACCAUACAAAUGCGAUGAGUGUGGGAAGAACUUUGGGACAAAAACCCGUUAUCAAGUUCAUCUGGUAGUCCACACAGGAGAGAGACCCUAUAAAUGUGAGGUAUGUGGGAAGGAUUUCAGUCAGAGAGCAUAUCUUCAAUCCCAUCUGAAGACCCACAGUGUAGAGAAACCCUACAAGUGUGAGGAGUGUGGGCAGGGCUUCAAUCAGAGUUCCCGACUUCAGAUUCACCAGCUGAUCCACACUGGUGAGAAACCACACAAAUGUGAAGAGUGUGGAAAGGGAUUCAAUCGUCGAGCAGAUCUCAAAAUUCACUGCAGAAUCCACACAGGAGAGAAACCAUUUAAUUGUGAGGAGUGUGGGAAAGUAUUCAGGCAGGCUGCAAAUCUUCUGGCCCAUCAGAGAAUCCACAGUGGAGAGAAACCAUUCAAAUGUGAAGAGUGUGGGAAGAGCUUUGGUCGCAGUUCACACCUUCAAGCCCAUCAAAAAGUCCACACGGGAGAAAAGCCGUACAAAUGUGAGGAGUGCGGGAAGGGCUUCAAGUGGAGCUUGAAUCUUGACAUGCAUCAGAGGGUCCACACAGGAGAGAAACCCUACAAGUGUGGGGAGUGUGGUAAGCACUUCAGUCAGGCCUCGAGUCUUAAGGUUCAUCAGAGUGUCCACAGUGAAGAGAAACCAUACAAAUGUGACGUAUGUGGCAAGGUCUUCCGUCACUCUUCACAGCUACAAUCUCAUCAGCGGGUUCACACAGGGGAGACACCUUACAAGUGUGAGACAUGUGGCCAGAGCUUCCGUUGGCGAUCAAAACUUUCCCAUCAUCGCAAAACUCAUGGUGGCACAAAGUCCCAUAUGUGUAGUGAGUGUGGAAAAGGCUUCCGUUAUAGCUCAGUUCUUCGUAUUCAUCAGAGAGUUCACAUGGGAGAGAAAGGCCAUAAGUGUGGUGAGUGUGGUGAGGAAUUCAGUCAGAGCUCACUUCUACAAACCCAUCAGAAACUCCACACUGUAGAGAAGCCUUUCAAAUGUGAGGAGUGUGGGAAAGGCUUUGGUCGUAGAUCAGCACUUACUGUUCAUUGCAAAGUCCACACAGGAGAGAAACCUUAUAAUUGUGAGGAAUGUGGGAGGGCCUUCAGUCAAGCCUCUCAUCUUCAGGACCAUCAGAGGGUCCACACUGGGGAGAAACCAUUCAGAUGUGAUGCAUGUGGUAAAAGCUUCAGUCGGAAUUCACAUCUUCAGUCCCACCAGAGAGUCCAUACAGGAGAGAAACCAUAUAAAUGUGAGGAAUGUGGGAAGGGCUUCAUUUGUAGCUCAAAUCUAUACAUUCACCAGAGGGUGCACACAGGAGAAAAACCGUACAAAUGUGAGGAGUGUGGUAAAGGCUUUAGUCGACCUUCAAGUCUUCAGGCCCAUCAGGGUGUUCAUACUGGAGAGAAAUCCUACAUAUGUAAUGUGUGUGGUAAAGGCUUUACUCUGAGUUCAAAUCUUCAGGCCCAUCAGAGAGUCCACACAGGAGAGAAACCAUACAAAUGCGAUGAGUGUGGGAAGAGCUUCAGGAGGAACUCCCAUUAUCAAGUUCAUCUAGUAGUCCACACAGGGGAGAAACCCUAUAAAUGUGAGGUAUGUGGGAAGGGCUUCAGUCAGAGUUCAUAUCUUCAAAUCCAUCUGAAGGCGCACAGCAUAGAGAAACCUUACAAGUGUGAGGAGUGUGGGCAGGGCUUCAAUCAGAGUUCCCGACUUCAGAUUCACCAGCUGAUCCACACUGGUGAGAAGCCAUACAAAUGUGAAGAGUGUGGAAAGGGAUUCAGUCGUCGAGCAGAUCUCAAAAUUCAUUGCAGAAUCCAUACAGGAGAGAAACCAUAUAAUUGUGAGGAGUGUGGGAAAGUAUUCAGGCAGGCCUCAAAUCUUCUGGCCCAUCAGAGAGUCCACAGUGGAGAGAAACCAUUCAAAUGUGAAGAGUGUGGGAAGAGCUUUGGUCGCAGUUCACACCUUCAAGCCCAUCAAAAAGUCCACACGGGAGAAAAGCCAUACAAAUGUGAGGAGUGCGGGAAGGGCUUCAAGUGGAGCUUGAAUCUUGACAUGCAUCAGAGGGUCCACACAGGAGAGAAACCCUACAAGUGUGGGGAGUGUGGUAAGCACUUCAGUCAGGCCUCGAGUCUUCAGCUUCAUCAGAGCGUCCACACUGGAGAGAAACCAUACAAGUGUGACGUGUGUGGGAAGGUCUUCAGUCGCUCUUCACAGCUACAGUCUCAUCAGAGAGUUCACACAGGAGAGAAACCUUACAAGUGUGAGACAUGUGGUAAGAGCUUCAGCUGGCGAUCAAAUCUUACCAUUCAUCACAGAAUCCAUGCUGGUGAUAAAUCCUAUAAAAGUAACAGGAGUGGUAAGAACAUCAUAGAGUCCACACAGGAAAAUAGUUCUAUAAAAUGAUUUUUUUAAAAGAAAACUCAAGUGUCAUGUGAGUUCUUCCAAUCAUGAAGUUCAAAAGGAAAAAUCUUUUGUUUCACAAAAGUCAGUGUUUGAGCC